AUGGUUAUCAAGCGCCUAAGAAGGAAGAAAGAAUUUAUGCCCAAUUUCUCUAUGGAAUACCUUACAACUGCCGAUGGCGUUUUACGUGCGUUGUUCUGGGCCGAUGGUGAUUCAAAGAGAAAGUUUAAUAUUUUUGGGGAUGUUGUGUCCUUCGAUGCUACUUAUCGUCAUAACAAGUACAAUAUGAUGUUUGUACCUUUUACCGGCGUUGACAAUCACUAUCGUAAUGUUACCUUGGGUGCUGCUAUAAUAGGGGAUGAAACUGCCGAAACAUAUAGCUGGUUGCUUAACGCAUUUCGGCAGGCGUUUGGGCGCGCACCACCUGUGAUUGUAACUGAUCAAGACCCAGCGAUGAGGAAAGCUAUUCAAGAUACUUGGCCUGAAAGUAGGCACAGGCUUUGCAUGUGGCAUAUAAUGGAGAAACUUACUACCAAGGUUGGCGCCAACCUAUGCAAUAGCACCGAUUUUAAGAAGAGGUUGUGUGAUAUUGUUUGGACUGAUGCAUUACUACCAGAACAGUUUGAAACCGAAUGGGGUGUUAUAUUGGCUGAUUUUGAUUUGGUGAAUCAUGAAUGGUUACAGUCAAUUUAUCAGAUUAGGGAUACAUGGAUCCCUGCGUACUAUCGUGAUCAACACAUGUCUGGGCUGAUGCGUACCUCAUCACGUUCGGAGAGUGAGAACCAUUUCUCUGGGCAGUUUUGCAACCCGAACUGUACGCUUGUUGAAUUCUUGGGGCAUUUUGAUUCUGCAAUUGAAGCCCAAAGACACGAGCACAGGAAGAAUGAUCACGAUACUAGGCACACGAACCCCCAAAUAUUUGCAAAAGAGUUUGUCUUAGAACAACAGGCGGCAAACAUAUACACACGGACAAUUUUCUUUGAUGCGCAACUUGAAAUUCAGACAGCCAUUCACAAGUGUGGUAUUGGAAAAUGGGAUGAUAGAGGGGAUAACUUUGUGAACAUCUCUGUGAAGGACUUUUCUCAAACGUGUACUACAUUUUUUCAGGUUAUGAUGCGGCAGCUAGACAUGACCGUGAGUUGUUCAUGCAAUAGGCAGUUCCGUGAAAGGUAUAUAAUGCGACGGUGGACCAGGGAAGCUGUUUCUAAUAGUACCCCUGGAGCGAUAUUAGAGAUUAGCGAAAGUGAUGAUCGGUACCAGCAAGUUAAUGGUGUUGUAAGGGAGAUAACAAGGUCAGCCGAGUCUCUUAUUAACAGGUUGGUUCAUAACUUUGAUGCGUUGUGCGCUUUUAGGGACCAUGUUGUCCAGUAUCAAUCGACCGCUGAUCAGGCAGUCGUAAACGCACCCCCUAGGAGUCGUCGCGAUAGGUUUGCUGAAAUAACUGGAUACACGCAAGAAACACCUGUAACUGUUCGCAUGCCGAAAACCGUUAGAUUUAAAGGUAUGGGUAAACCUUCCAGAAUGAAGAGUAAUCGUGAAAUUGCCAUUAUUCAAUCUGCGAAGAAAAAAAAGGGUCGUGAAUGUAGCAAUUGCAAACGUCGGGGGCAUAAUAUACGUACCUGCACGUACCCGGCAAGGGAAAAGGCCGACGACUCCUCAGAAAGUGAUGAAGCGACCCUUGAAGGAGACGACGAAGAGGAGCUAGAAGAUGCGGCGGGUGAAGGAGACGACGAAGAGGAGCUAGAAGAUGAAGAGCAGGAGUAG